AUGGUACGCGGAGAUAAACAAUGGACUGGUUUGGAUUCUGAUAAUGUUGCUUCUUCUGUUGAUGACAUUGUGUUCUGCAAUGGCGUCUUUUUUGCCCUGGACAGUUUCGGAGCGAUAUAUCACUGUGAGCUUGAUCCAAAUCCAAAGACUGUUCCUUUAUGCAGCUCCUCGCCGUUUCGAUACGACCGUUGCAAGAAAUACUUUGCAGAGUCGGAGUACGGCAAACUGUGGGUGGUUCUAAAGAAGCUAGAGCUUAACGACGAUAAUGACUUUGCAAUCUAUUUCGAGAUAUACGAGUUCAAUUCAGAGACGAAAGAAUGGACAAUAGUGAGAAGUUUGAGAGGAAAAGCUUUGUUCUUGAGUAGUCAUGGUAAUGGUAGAUGUAUAGCGGCUUCAGCAGGUGAAUCCAGACCUAGAGAGUUCAUCAAAGACAAUUCUAUUUACUUUGUCGAUGGAGAAGAUGCAAAUUUUGGAUCAGGGUCGCUGAAUCUGAGCGUUUUCGAAUGGGAGAGUAAGCAAACCAGGAAGCUUUACCAGCCAAGAUCUUGGAAUUGUCAUAUGUUUUGGGUCACACCUACAUAA